UAACCACUACUGGGAAGAGAUUGGGGUGGGACAAGCACAAUCCUAGGGCGUCUCUGAUGAAAGCUUUCCUUCUCUUGUGGUGCCCUACUGUGAAUUAGUAGUUGUCUGUGCCUUGGUGAUUUUGAACCGCCGACUCUCGGUUAGCAGCCCAGCACUUUUAACCACUGCGCAACCUAAAUUCCACUGAUACUUCCUAUUAUAAUCUAGUUGGAAAUUUUUUUUAGCUGUUCUAGAUUGUAGAUGCAUUCAGUGAUUAUAGUUGCUCUAGAAAGUAACCAGUACAAACUUUCUUAACCAUUUUCUUAGCUACUUUUCACGGGAAGAAGAAUGAUCUCUAACUCAAGUUUUCUGGUAGAUUAUUAAGGCAUGGUUUCCCAGCUUGGCUGAGUGAAAUCUCUCUAGGAAGCAAGGACUUAGAAAAUAACAUGGAGCAGGAGUAUUUUACCAGAUUUUCUCUGUACUACCUUGUUGGUCCUUGGUGUUUACUAAAAUUUCCUCUAAUAAAAAUCUGUUGACUUGGGUUGAAUGUAGUGUGGGUUGAGGGUAUGGGUGGGCAGAAGUGAGCAUCAGAGAGUACUAAACAAGAAAUGUGGACUUUUCAAAAUAUUGAUGUUGGUUGGAGACUCUCACAUUCUGAACUAACUUAGACGAACAGAUUUACUUUUCAGAAUAUUUUUAUACUGAAGAGCACUCCCUUGAGCCCAGCACACCCAGGUUCCAACUCCUUCACAGCAUUUGUUCUUAGAGGACUGAGUGAUCAUUCCAGCAUGUCGGAGGGGGAAUCCCAGAUAGUACUCAGCAGUGGCUCAGACCCAAAGGUAGAAUCCUCAUCCUCAGCUCCUGGCCUGACGUCAGUGUCACCUCCUGUGACCUCGACUUCAGCUGCCUCCCCAGAGGAGGAAGAAGAAAGUGAAGAUGAGUCUGAGAUCUUGGAAGAGUCACCCUGUGGUCGCUGGCAGAAGAGGCGAGAAGAGGUGAAUCAGCGGAAUGUACCAGGUAUUGACAGUGCAUACUUGGCCAUGGAUACAGAGGAGGGUGUAGAGGUUGUGUGGAAUGAGGUACAGUUCUCUGAGCGCAAGAACUACAAACUACAGGAGGAAAAGGUCCGUGCUGUGUUCGAUAAUCUGAUUCAGUUGGAACAUCUCAACAUUGUUAAGUUUCAUAAGUAUUGGGCUGACACUAAAGAGAACAAGGCCAGGGUCAUUUUUAUCACAGAAUAUAUGUCAUCUGGCAGUCUUAAGCAAUUUCUGAAGAAGACUAAAAAGAACCACAAGACUAUGAAUGAAAAGGCUUGGAAACGCUGGUGCACACAAAUUCUCUCUGCCUUAAGCUACCUGCACUCCUGUGACCCCCCCAUCAUCCAUGGGAACCUGACCUGUGACACCAUCUUCAUCCAGCACAACGGACUCAUCAAGAUUGGCUCUGUGGCUCCUGACACUAUCAACAAUCAUGUGAAAACUUGUCGAGAAGAGCAGAAGAAUCUACACUUCUUUGCACCAGAGUAUGGAGAAGUCACUAAUGUGACAACGGCAGUGGACAUCUACUCCUUUGGCAUGUGUGCAUUGGAGAUGGCAGUGCUGGAGAUUCAGGGCAAUGGAGAGUCCUCAUAUGUGCCACAGGAAGCCAUCAGCAGUGCCAUCCAGCUUCUAGAAGACCCAUUACAGAGGGAGUUCAUUCAAAAGUGCCUGCAGUCUGAGCCUGCCUGCAGGCCAACAGCCAGAGAACUUCUGUUCCACCCAGCACUGUUUGAGGUGCCCUCUCUCAAACUCCUUGCUGCCCACUGCAUUGUGGGACACCAACACAUGAUCCCAGAGAAUGCUCUGGAGGAGAUCACCAAAAAUAUGGAUACCAGUGCUGUACUGGCUGAAAUCCUUGCAGGACCAGGAAGAGAACCAAUUCAGACUUUGUACUCUCAGUCACCAGCUCUGGAAUUGGAUAAAUUCCUUGAAGACGUCAGAAAUGGAAUCUACCCCCUGACAGCCUUUGGGCUGCCUCGGCCCCAGCAGCCACAGCAGGAGGAGGUGACAUCACCUGUGGUGCCUCCCUCUGUCAAGACUCCAACACCUGAACCAGCUGAGGUGGAGACCCGCAAGGUGGUGCUGAUGCAGUGCAACAUUGAGUCGGUGGAGGACGGAGUCAAACACCAUCUGACGCUUCUGUUGAAGCUGGAGGACAAAUUGAACCGGCACCUGAGCUGUGACCUCAUGCCAAAUGAGAACAUCCCAGAGUUGGCAGCUGAGCUGGUGCAGCUGGGCUUCAUUAGUGAGGCUGACCAGAGCCGACUGACUUCUCUGCUAGAGGAGACUCUGAACAAGUUCAAUUUUGCCAGAAACAGCACCCUCAACUCAGCCGCUGUCACCGUCUCCUCUUAGAGCUCACUCGGGCCAGGCCCCUAAUCUGAGCUGUGGCUGUCACUAGAUGUGCAACAGCCCUCCUGACCCCCUCCUCCCAGUCAGUAUUACCCUGUGAAGCCCUGUCUCUCCUUCAGGAGGGCUCUGGGGAACUCCCUGGUUCUGAGCAUCAUCCUCCCCCUGCUCCUUCUCUUCCUCCCCUCUGCACUUUGUUUACUUGUUUUGCACAGACGUGGGCCUGGGCCUUCUCAGCAGCCACCUUCUAGCUGGGGGCUAGUAGCCGAACUGCUGGCUCCCGCCCAGCCUGUGUGGAAAGGAGGCCCACGGCCACUUGGGGAGCUGAAUUCUACAAUCCCGCUGGGGCAGACGGGCGGGAGAGAAGGGUGGUGCUGCAGUGGUGGCCCUCGGGGGCCAUUGGAUUCGCCUCAGUUGCUGCUGUAAUAAAAGUCUACUUUUUGCUAAAAGCGUCGUGUGUGUUUGGCCUUCCCCGCUAGGGGGAGCGGGGCUCUGAGCCCGCCGCCAGGGGCGCGGUGGUUGGGCUUCCUUCA